UUACAGAGGAAGAAGAAAAAAAGAAAGAAAAGUAAAGAAGAAGAAUCUGUUCCAUGGAUACAAGGCAUGCCAGCGCUAGAAUGGUUGCUAUUCACAAAGCAGGUUGUGACGCUGCGAACAGUUUCAUGUUAAACGCUAGAAAUUCAUGAACGAGUGAUUCUUUGACAAACUUUUAAUUCAAGUUCGCCCUUUGUAGUUAGCUAACUAGCAUGCCUUUAGCUGUCUAACCAAUGCAAGAGAAAACUGUUAGCUAACGUUAUUAUAUUUGCUUAGCUAAUGUUAUCGUUAAGAUAACGUGAAACAUUAAACUUGUAACAUCAUGUAUAGACGUGGAUUAAGUUAAUGGUUACGACAUUAGAAAGUUGUAAGAUGUGGAAACGAGGAGGUCGAAGCUCCGCUCUGGACCGAGCCCAGGUACUGCUGUCCGUGAAGAGGAGCAGUGGAGGAGUCGCCGAGUCCACACGGGGGUCUGCAGCCAAAACACCGGUGCACACGGGUACUACAGGUGUAUCUAUCAACAUCCGUUCUGGUCCCCAAAAUCCCCACGCCCUGUUCUCAGAUCUGAGUGACCUGUCCUCAGUAAGCUCAGCUCCUGAGCAUGGAGCUGACACCGUGGGCUCUGCUGCUCCUGAGAAGAACCAGAGAAGAGACAAGGAUUCUAACAAGGAUCUCAGACCUCACAGCUCUCUGGGAAGAGGAGGGAGUAGGUUCUUAAAGAAGGUUCCACCAGCUGCAAUAAACAGCAGCCAGUCACCUGUCAGCAAGAGCCAAAUGGAGCAGAUGACUGAACCAAGAUAUGCGUCACCUUCCCAGCACAGCUCUCAGACUGCUGUUUUGAACAGACUGGCUCAAAUUGAGAGUCGUAUUCGUAGCCACAAGCAGCCUCACGAACAGGCUAGACAGGGGCCAAAACCUGCCCACACCCUAACCUCAGAGCUGGAAAUCUCCCUGCCACCAGAAGUAGUUUCUCAGUCAAUGGAGGCUUCUGUGCCAGUCUCAGCACAGUCCAGCAGUGACCAGAGCCUGAAGGGGAAACGUUUCCUCAAGAGCAAGGCAGCUGCUGCUUCUGGGUCAUCAAAAGGCCCAGAUGCUGGUGUCAUGUUUAGGCCCAGAGCUGCCAGCGCUGCUGUGCCUUUGGUGGGUUUGAAGACCAAAUCAAUGACAGCAGUGAGUCUGGAAAGUGAUGAAGAGGACAUGAGGAAACUGCUCGGAGAUUUGUCAGAUUCAACAGAUAACAGCUUCUUAAGACAAGAGAAACUCUCUUCCAGGAAACAGCCGAACAAGAUGAUGAGGAAAGGAAGUCACAAGGUCUGCUCCACACCUCCCCCAGCUGCUGUCCCUCCCCCGUCAUCCUCCAACUCAGCACCACCUCACUCCUCCGCCUCUCCUUCUCAUCGCAGUUCUCCUUUUCGAUUCACCGGCCAGGCUCAGGCCCACUUCAGCCCCUCUGUGCUCUCUCCAUCCACCUCUCCCCCUAGUGUCUCCCCAUCUCCUCCAGACACACACAAUUCUCCUCAGAGGACUGGCAGUCCGCGGCGUUCCCUCUCCUCGACGCCCGUGUUUGGCGAGGUACUGUCUCUGGAGGAGCUCUUUCCUGUGGGGCCUGCUUCUGAAGAUGCCCACAGUGAGAUGAGUUUAGUUUCUUCUGAAGAGUUCAAGGUAAAUGUGAUGAUGUUAGACGACCUUGUGCCUGUUGCCGUUGGAUUUACAGAGGAUACACGAGAAAAGGAGAGAGAAGCCAGACACAGUCCCCCUGUUCCUGGGUCCCCGAGCAGAUAUCAGCAGCUAUCAAGACUGAAGGAAGAAGAGCAGCAGCAGCAGGAGGAGGAGGAGGAGGAGGAGGAGAACGUGCUGCACUACCAAAGUGACUUUGAAAGUGCCAGCCAGGUUUCAGAGCACCUGCAAGGAGAUGAAGAAGCAGCAGCAUCGGAGGCUUUGGAUUCAACGUCUCAACAGAAGACAGAGGAUGAUUACUCAUGCACUUUCUCAGACACAAGUAUCUCUGGCACGUCACAGACCUCAGGUCAUAGUCAGAUAGCAAGGUCAUUCAGCAGAAACAGGGGCUCCAGAUCUUCGGUAUCGCAUGGCAGCCGGACCUCGCCUCAGCAGCCAAGGAGGCGUGCUUCAGCCAGAAAGGUUUUAAGAGAGGCAGCAGUACAGACGCAGCCUGGUACCCUGGCCUACCCAUGGUUAACUGGUGAGGCUACAUCUGGCCCUGCACUCUACACAACAUACAUGAAUCCCAUGCCAGUGGCUGCUUAUAUUCUUAGUGCAGAAACAGUGGAAGCUCUCAGCACCUACAAUCCAGCCGUAUAUGUACUCACUGAAAUGCUGAAACAGCAGCUUGCCAUGACAAGGCAGUUCAUUGAAAGCAGCUCCCAUCGUCACUCCAGCCUGGUGCAGAGCCUGGGACCACCAAACUACAGAUACACCACACUGGAGGACACCAAGGAGUACAUCCGUAAGCACCAGCCUUUGAAGUGACAAUGGAGGAAGCCUUACGAGUACAAGGGAGACUACCGCUUUAUGUGACAGCUGGUGCUCUGGCCUGAUUACAGACCAAGAGACAUUUGCCAUUCCUUCAUAUUAAAGCAAGUUUUACACAUGCACAUUUACACUUUCUCUACUAUAGGAAGAAUUAAACUUGCUGUGAAUCAG